GUUAAGGGAUACCUGUGGCGGGGGUCUCAAUAUUCGUUGUGGAAGCAUUUAUUUUCUUUACCUGCUUAAAGCCUCUCUGCAUUUGUUGCUUCAGGCGCAAGGGAUCUACCGUGAAGUUGCUGUUCCCGGCGUGUUGUUCUCGAAACGGUGCGAAUAAUUCUACACCUAAUGUGUCGGGGUUUUAGCAUAUUUUGUCUUUGGUGUUGAGGAACAGCAUGGCAUCUGCAACUUUAUCAAUGUCUAAGGUCUCGGCCCCUGGGUUCUCUUCAUCCGUUUCUGAACCCCGUUUACCUGGGGCUGGAAUACAUCUGCGCUCUUCGGUGAUCAGGUUUCCUAGCAAAAUGUCUUCCAAGAUAUUUUGUGCCUUGAAAGCUGGCAUAUCCUCUGAAUCUGAGGCAAAUUUCUUUAGUAGUGAGACAAAUGCAGUACUUAGGUCCUCUAUAAAUGCUCCAAAGUCAGCAGAGAAGAGACAAAUUAGUGUAAAGGCUGGUCAGUCUUCAUCUUCAGCUGAAGGCUUCAAAGUUGCCAUUCUUGGUGCUGCAGGAGGGAUUGGGCAACCUCUCUCGUUAUUGAUUAAAAUGUUUCCUUUGGUCUCUGUUUUGAAUCUUUAUGAUAUUGCAAAUGUGAAGGGAGUUGCUGCAGAUUUGAGCCACUGCAACAGUCCUGCACAGGUUCAAGAUUUUACCGGACCUACUGAAUUGGCAAAUUCUUUAAAGGGUGUAGAUGUGGUAGUGAUUCCUGCAGGAGUUCCUCGAAAACCUGGAAUGACCCGAGAUGACCUUUUCAACAUCAAUGCAGGUAUUGUCAAGACCUUGAUAGAAGCUGUUGCAGAUAACUGCCCCAAUGCCUUUAUUCAUAUAAUCAGUAACCCUGUGAAUUCAACUGUGCCCAUUGCGGCUGAGGUACUCAAGCAGAAAGGUGUCUAUAAUCCGAAAAAGUUGUUUGGUGUAACUACCUUGGAUGUUGUUAGAGCAAACACUUUUGUUGCUCAGAAGAAGAAUCUGAAACUUGCUAGUGUGGAUGUUCCGGUUGUUGGUGGUCAUGCAGGAAUUACUAUUCUUCCAUUGUUGUCCAAAACCAAGCCUUAUGUAACAUUCACUCAAGAAGAGGUUGAACCACUAACAGUUAGAAUUCAAAAUGCUGGAACUGAGGUUGUGGAAGCAAAAGCUGGUGCUGGAUCUGCAACUCUGUCCAUGGCUUAUGCUGCUGCUAGAUUCGUCGAAUCUUCUCUCCGUGCCCUUGAUGGUGAUCAAGAUGUCUACGAGUGCUCUUAUGUUCAAUCCGAAUUAACAGAAUUGCCUUUCUUUGCAUCAAAGAUUAAACUUGGAAAGGAAGGUGUUGAAGCAGUGUUGCCAGAUAUUCUUGAGGGCCUGACUGAAUAUGAACAGAAAGCUCUAGAAGCACUUAAGCCGGAGUUAAAGGGAAGCAUUGAGAAGGGGGUUGCUUUUGCAAAUAAGCAAGCACCAGCUGGCGCUGCAGUUUGAAUGCAGUCCUUUUAAUCUAUCACAGUUAGAGGAAAUAAAGAUGAACGUCACAUGCUACAGCUUCAUCAGCCCAUCUCAUUUUUGCAGUCUAGGCAGACUUUGCAUUUUGGUCAUUCUAAUGUUUUGUAUCUUUUGAUUUAAGAGCGCCAACUUUUUUAUGCAGGCAUGUUGGUUUACAACUAUUUGCUUUCUGAUUUUCUUACAAGUCUCUAAUAAGAUCUUUUGAUUAAGCUGACAUUCAUAUUUACGAGUAUGCACAGUUGCAUGCCUCUGUUGUGGCACAUAAUAUAGUGUUUUUGUUUGGUGUUUCUUUUCUUUUCUUUCUGGUAUAUUACUUAAUUGCAGCAAUGUGCUGGACAUGUAACAGAUUAUAUGUCAUUGUUAAUGAGAUGUAAAGGACUUCUCGUUA